AUGGACGCAUCCAAUAUCAAUGAUAUCACACAAGACGCCCGUGUACGGGUCCUCACCGGCCUCUACUCCCAGGAAGAAAUCCUCGAACAGCUCAUCGACAGCUACGAACUCCCCGAGCACGGCACAACCGUCGUGCAACAACUGAUUCAAUCCCUCUGGAACCAGCAACUAGAAGAAGAGGCCAGUUGGCCCGAUCAACCGACCGACGUUGAAAAGCUCGAAAACGCUUUCUCCCGUCUAGAAGACGAGGAUCACAUCAUCUGUCGCAUGAAUUUCACCUGCUGUGGAGGCUGUGGGAAUGCCGAGAUAGGCGGCGAGGCAGAUGAAUCACACAUCAGGUACUGCUUCUUCCAUCAGCAGGAUACAGAGGCAGCAGUCAAGGGCGCGAGUGCCUCCUGA